AUGUCGACCUAUGCCCGAAGUGGCAUUCUUCAAGCCCUCUCAAGGCCUCGGUCACAUGUCGGACUGUUGUCGCCCUUCAACGCCACGAUAUCGACGCGUCUACAUUCGUCACGCUCGUUCCCCGCCAUCUUCGUCCGUGGCGGCACGUCCAACGGCCUGAUCAUCCACCGAAAGGACCUGCCCCCGCAAAAUGAUUGGCACACCGUCCUCCCGGCCGCCAUGGGGUCCCCAGAUCCUUACGGGCGACAGUUGAACGGCAUCGGCUCCGGCAUUUCCUCAACCUCCAAGAUCAUCGUACUAUCACCGCCGUCCCGGCCCGAUGUUGACGUGGACUACACCUUCGUCCAGGUCGGCAUCAAGGAUGGCAGCCUAGACAUGGCAGGCAACUGCGGCAACAUGUCGUCUGCCGUUGGCCCAAUGAGCCUGGAUGAGUCUCUGGUCGACAAUCCUGAGAUUGACGAGCUUGACGGUCAUAAGUAUGCUGCUGUGCGCAUCUUCAAUACCAACACGUCCAAAGUCAUUCUUUCCCGCUUCAGAGUCAAUGGGAACCCGCCCAGAUACUGCUCCGAUGGCGACUACACUAUGGACGGUGUUCCUGGCACCAACUCACCCAUAACCUUGAGCUUCUUGGAUCCUGCUGGGGCUAAGACGGGCAAGGCCCUUCCUACAGGAAAUGCUUGCGAUUGGCUGCAUUUAUCGAACGACAGGUCCAUAGAGGCAUCUCUGGUGGAUGUCAGCAACCCUGGCGUCUUCGUCCGCGCCUGUGAUUUGGGGAUUCCCUCUGCCGAGGACCUCACACCUCAGGCCAUUGAAGCAGAUCCAAGUCUGAAGGCCGCCUUGGACGAAAUUCGGCGUGCAGGUGCGUCCGCGAUGGGCCUGGAUCCUGGCGUGGAGAGCGUGCCCAAGAUCGUACUCCUCUUCUCCGAUACUCGCUCACUCGAUGUCGAUAUUCGCUGCCUAGCCAUGUCUAUGGGACAGGCCCACAAGGCUGUUCCCCUGACGCUGGCGCUGUGCCUCGGAGCGGCAAGUCAAUUACCGGGAACUCUUGCGGCCCAGAUUGUUGGCAGCAAGCCAAGAAAGUCUGUUGUUAUAGGGCAUCCGAGUGGGAAAGUGGAUAUCGGGACCACCUUUGAGGGCAGCAAAAUCAAGUCAGCAGACCUCCACCGUACUGCGCGGGUGUUGAUGAAGGGUCAGGUAUUCUAUUAG